GCAGGGACGGACCGACCGACCGACUGACUGACUGACUUCCCGGCUUCACUCGCCGCUGCCUGAAAUCCACUGGCCGCCGAGACCAGCGCGGUGCAAGGGAUAAACGCGGAGAGUUUCACUGAAGCCGGCGGACAUUUCACUUUUAAGUCGAUUUUUUGACGUCUUGACGUAUUUUCCGCGGAUAAGUUGCUGCCGUUUGGCCGAAACGGGGAUUACAUUAGAAAAAAAAAAAAAAACGCAUAUAUUUUUAUCUCUCACAAUUAAAUUUCCUUUUUCAUUUUUUUUCAUUUCCAGCGGUUUAAGGUGAUCUAAAAACGUUGAAUUGAAAUAGCUGAAAGGUAAACACACGGGCGGAAAGAAGGAAACAUCAUCUCCCCCGCAGGCGCGCCUCCUCGUGUACAGCGGUAUUAAUUUACGUGCCGAAAGAAAGCUCGCAGCAGCAGCAGCGAUGAAUCAUUUGGACUGAAUCAUUUGCAGAAGCAAGCCUGCUCAGAAACCCCUGAAAACCAGAACCCCCUGAAAACCAGAAAACCAGAAAAUGCUGGUUUCCUGCCUGCCGACUCGGGACAGGUGAAGCUGAAUGUCCCCGCAUCGCUCACGCAACGCACGGACUCGUUCGUCUCGGUCUGUUACUUAUAUAUCCAGUCUACAUUUUUAUAGAUUUUUCGUUCCCUUUUUUGUGUUUUUGUUUUUGUUUGGGGUUAUUUUGUGCGGGUCCAGCAGCUGCCUCUAGCUCGUAGUCCGGCUCAGCCUCUGUUGCGGCUCUCGCUUCUUCAGACAAAAGGACCGACGCCAGAGAGAAACAUAAACACCGGCCGCACCGCAAGUCGUGUUUGGAAAAGGACGCCAACAAACAAGGAACUGACAUGAUGUUUCCACAAUCAAGACACUCAGCCUCAUCACAGCAGCUGAAAUUCACAACCUCUGACUCCUGUGACAGGAUCAAGGAUGAGUUCCAGUUUCUUCAAGCACAAUACCACAGUUUGAAGCUUGAAUGUGACAAGUUGGCGAGUGAAAAGUCAGAGAUGCAGCGCCAUUAUAUCAUGUACUAUGAGAUGUCCUAUGGGCUCAACAUUGAGAUGCACAAACAGGCUGAGAUAGUGAAGAGACUGAACGGCAUCUGUGCACAAGUCCUCCCCUACCUGUCUCAGGAGCACCAACAGCAGGUCCUGGCAGCCAUAGAGAGGGCCAAGCAGGUCACCCCUCCAGAGAUGAACUCCAUCAUAAGGCAGCAGCUCCAGGCUCACCAGCUGUCUCAGCUCCAGGGCCUGGCCCUGCCCAUGACCCCCCUGCCUCUGGGCCUGAGCCAGCCCGCCCUCCCCGCUGUCACCACUUCCUCCGGCCUCUUCUCCCUCUCUUCUCUGCUGGCCUCACAAGCCCAGCUGGCCAAGGAGGAGAAAGCAUCCCGUGACGGCGUUGACAGCCACCGUGAGGAGGACGGAGAUAAGUCUGAUUAGAUGGUGUUCCCACUCAGCUCUGCUUGAAUCCAGAGAGCUGGAUCCCUGUAUCUGCCCUCCCUCGGCCCUGCAGCCCCAGUCCGUCUUUCUUUGACCCUACCCGACAUGGGUUUCUCACCUGUUACUGCAUCUCCAGCUUCAGACCACUAUUUAUCCGAUUAUUGGGGACUUUUGGCUCUCUUCUCUGUUUAUACUUAAAAUCUGCUUUUCUUUUUAUCAUGACGACACGGUCUGCCUCUCAUACUGUAUAUGUUGUCUCUUUGUGUCAAAGCUGGAUCUUCUUUCCUUCAUUUAACUGGACUUUCCUUUUCUGCUCCUUUCUGCUUUUGUGUCAUUUCCUAUUUCUUUGUUUCAGGAUAUUUGGUUCCCUCUGUUCUUCCCUCUCUCCUCACCCCACUCUCUCUCUGAACAUCUUUCUCCUGUUUGUCCUGAUUUGCCAAAACUGUGUGUGAGACUAAAUGCACCACUUUCUUGGUGUUGGAACAGGCAAGCUGUUAAAACACAGGGAUUCUUUGACAAACUCCAAAACAUGUCUGACAAAACACAGGUCUUUUAACAAUUCCAGACUCUUAUAAUAGAGGUGUCACAGAGAUCUGCAUUGUAAAUAUCAAUGGCAUCUCAGAUUGCAUGCAUUCAUUCUAAGAUAAGAAAUACUGUAAGUUUAAGUGGCAGUUUGUUGCAGAGAGAUAAACAGUGUCCUGAGGUCCCUGUUAAAGACAAAUAACUCCUGAUUCUAAAUUCAUGUCUUAAGCCAGAAGACUUCGCCAGCCAACAUGCUCUUGAGUUUUAUCUAAAAUCCCAAAUGUAUAUGAAGGAAGAAAAAGCACUGUUUAGAGCUGUCUGAUUAGAUUUACAGUAAAAGCUUCCCUAGUAAGUAAUCUCAUAACUUACGAUCCUUGUCAGACCUAGGAUGUAGAUUGGCUCAAACGUCCCCAUAUCUUAACUUCCAGCAUCAAUAAACAGAGCCGAGGUAGCACAAUAAUGUUUAUCACUGUGGGGUGAGCACAUGUAGGUUUAGUUUAAGGGACAGCAGGGGGCAGCGUGUGUCUUUGAAGAAUCCUGCUUACAAGGUUCAGGUUCCAGCAAAACAAUGACGUCCCACUGGCUGUGUGACAUGGUUUUUAACUUAUUCAUUCACUGUGAAUGUACAAACGUAACAUCCCACAAACUGGGAACAUUAAUCUCUGCAUGUGGUCAGCCCAAGGCUCUGCCGUGAAAAUUUCUCUGUGCCAGUUUAAAUCAUGUCUCCAAGUGAUCCACCUUCCAGAGCGGCCACAUGCCAGCAUAAAACAAAAAUAGAACUAUGGUAUUAUUCAGAUGUAAUUACAGUACGUUAUGAAUCACGGGAGAGAUGAAGCACAAGUGGAUUCCAAGUAAAUUGCUGCCUUUUAACCUGACAGGUUGGGGAUGCUAACAGUCGUGCUGUCAGAUUAGACGUCUCUUCCAGUGGCAGUACGGUGGAAAUAGUCAGAUAAAAUUUGAUAAUACCCAUGAAAUGUUACCGUGUCAUAUUCAGGGUUCCUAAUUAAAUGUUUGGCUCUUCUGGCAAUGGUAGGUAAACAAAAAAAAAUUAUAUAUUUUUUUCAGUUUCUGCAUCAUCAGAUGCAAAGCUCUGAUUGGAUUGAUUGAUUACGUCAGUUUCGGCUGGAGCACAUAAAGCAAACGCUGCAAUUUCAAAUGAUUUACCGCCACAUGGCUUUUAAAAUCAUUUUUACAUUUUAAAUUUUCCCCCGCUAGCAGUUAAUUUUGAACCCUAUAUGUAUUUUGGACACAAAAUGUAGAGAUUGAUUCAGUUUAUGGAUAUAUUUGAGCUUUAACGGGGAAAACAUUUUGGCAUGUCCUGAGUUUUACAUUAAAAUCUUUUUUUCAGAUGUCAGUCAAGUGCAGUCUAUACACACCCUGCCAGGGCGAGGUCAUGUCAGGCAGGUUAAGGUGUGUUUCACAUGUCAGAUGAACCAAAACCAGAUAGAAUUCACAUAUUAAUAAAUAUCUGCUUUCAGAGAGCUGAGACACAGUUUGACAUGUAAUACCCUUUUGAAUGUUUAGCAUCAAUUGUCAGCAAAUGUGGCCUUGGUGGUAAUUAAGCUUUGGCUAUGUUGGUCCCCAGAGAGGAAGGAAGGAAGAAUUAUUAGGUCAGCUGUGGGUUUAGCAGAGUUAUGUGUCCAAAUUUAAAGAUUUUGUCCCAAAUUUGAAAAGAAAUUGUGCUUCCUGUAAUGCACACGCAUACACACAAACGGCAUCUUUGCUGUUCUCAUAGAUUUUUGACACCUUCAGUCUUAACUCAAAAUGCCUUCUAGCCUGAUGACAAAGCACACGUUAUUGACUCGUGCAGGUUUGAUACAUUAACAGUGGAAAUGCAUUCAAUUGCAUAUGAGCAGAUUUUCAGAAUAAAAUGCAAAUUUUGUUUGUGAAACUUCACUUUUGAUGGCUGAAUAACUCCUCCAGUGGAACCCCACUGUUGUGUAUGUAUAUGUGUACAUAUAAAAACGUGUACAAACAGCCGAACAGAUCCGGCUAUUGGAGAUAAACCAGAUGAAAUGUGUUGCUGUUCUUACUAAAACUAAAGCUAACAUGCUAUUCUGCUUAUCAAUUAUGCUUGCAGCACGUCGUCCUCCCAUCCUGCCACACACAGUAUGUAUCUAACUACAUACUGCGCUCGUUGUAGUGAUAUCCAGAAUGUGUAGACAAAAAGAAACACAUCAAUGCAUGAGCGGGGAAUUGAGAUUGGUUUCGUUCUAGUGGAGACAGUUUUUUUUUUUUUUUUUUUUUUGAGAAUGUUUCACUGAAACCUUUUGUGAGCAAUGCACUUGAUUCCUCUUCUUCUUUACCCUUUCCUCUCUUUUUUUUUCUUUAAAUAGUACUUUAUAUAAACUAGGAGAACUUCAAAACUGAUCUUGCAGACGUGUAAAUUAAGAUCUAUGUAAUUGUUGAAUUAGGUGGAGGUGUGCUCGCCUCUGUACAGUUAUACAUAGAAAGCUUCAUGUGUAUAUGGCUGCAUCUUCUCUCGUCUGUCCUGGAAAACUCUUGUGCUGUUGUGUUACAAAACUCAUGUGACACCAGUUGGGGAUUCUGCAGUAUGUUAAUCUUUUAUUUUCACCUUUGAUCCGUGUCCCCCCGACUCCCACUCUUCCCCAUCCCAUAUCCAUCCCCAUACUUUUUACUCCCAUUUCUCCCCCCGUCAUAUUUUCUGCCCUAAUAGCGUGAAGCAUUGUAAGCAUUUUGAGCUUUGUAAAGUUUUUUUUUUUUUUUUUUUUUUUAAUACUUAUUUUGUGUAUUAUGUAAAACUAAAAGUGUGUACUCGGGCAAAAAAGAAAAAAAAUGUUUUGUGUCUGACGUCAUAGCAUCAUUUAAAUGAAUGACAAAAAAAAAAGAAAAUGGAGAAAAAGAAUACAACAAAAAUUUACUAUAAAUGAUAUGAAAUGUUCUGCAGUAAGGAGGGACUUCUGGUGCCUUACAAAUAAAGUCAA